UGCAACUAUUUGAAAAUCUGAGGGUGCAAAAAAAAAAAAAAAGGUUCUUAGCAAUGCAUAUUACUAACUAAAAAUUAAUGGCAGGAAAUUUACAAGAUAUCUUCAUGGAACAUGAUAUUUACAUAAUAUCCUAAUGAUUUUUGACAUAAAAGAAAAAUUGAUCAUUUUGACCCAUACAAUGUAUUGUUGGCUAUUGCUAGAAAUAUACCCCAGCCACGUAAGACUGGUUUUGUGGUCCAGGGUCACAUUUGUGUUUUCAUGUUUUAUGUGGUCCGAAUAGACUCAAAAUGCAUAUACUCAGAGGGAAAAAAUGCAUCAUAUUCCAGUCUAAAAUCUCCUGUACAUUUACACAACAACACAUGUAAUAUAGUAAGCAGUAACAAUUUUGCAGAUAUAUAAUGAAAAGCCAAAAGCCAUGAGUGUAUUAACUUUGGUUCCUCCUAAUUAUUAUAUUUCAGUGUCAAACAAAUCUUUUUCAUAAAAGAUACAUUGCGUAGAAAAGACAGCAUGUAAUACAUGAUCAUCAUGUUGAACUUAGCUGAUAUAUAACUGGCUCAGAUUCCACAAAUAUGUGUGUUGUUGUGUUUUUUUAGCUGCUUUACCAGUGACAUUAUUAUUUUGAAUGCUUUCUUUCGAGCCACAGCUCAGGAUGGUCACUAUUGCUUUAUAACAUGGAUGCAGUGUGACACAAAUUCAUUGUUUCCGAUACAAUUGUAGAAAUAGCACAUGUAUUUUUCAAUCAAGAUUUAUUCUACAAACAAAAGUGUCUGAUAAUCUGUGAGGUAAAAUAGCCUACUUUUAAUAUUUCCGUUCCUCUCAUGUAAGUGUACAUCAUUUUAAAUAAAUAAAUAUAAUUAUACAUUUUUUAGCUGCUAAACUUUAAUUUCAUUGAGUUGGACAUUUUCAUAAUCCAGAUUAAAGGAAUGACGUUUUAGUGUUAUAUUGGCAUGUUCCUACAACAUUAUGUGUAUAAGCAAAGCAAUUUAAACUUUUAUUACUUGAUUCAAUCCUUCUAUUUCUUGAUUCUCUAAGCAAUCAUUGUUUUGUUUUGUUUUUAUCUGAAUGGCUCUGAUCACCUAACAUUUAACUUCAGAUAGCCUUAGCCUAAAGUCUUAUUGCCUUGGCCAAUCAGGAAAGAGACUUUGACAUGUAAAACUCACCCGAUAACAAAAUAAUGGCGGAACUAACUUAAUUUUAUGGCAUGCAGUGUAUUUUAACAUAAAUAAUUGCAAUCGUAUUAUUUUAAAAUCUGAAAACAGUAAUAGAAAAAUGAAUCUCCAUUUUGAUGUGCACUCUAAAAACGCACGCGCAGCUGGAGCAGCGUGAAAAAAUAGCCAUGAUGAAAAAAAUAUUAUGCUAUUGUUGUCAAGUUUUAUUGAGAAUUUGGCCGAACCAAUACACAAGUUUAUGAUAACAGUAGGCCUAUGCAAUAGUUACUUUUCAUUGUUUUGCAUUGAUCCUACCCCCGCCCUCUCUUAUCCAUUUAUUGGAAAUGCUACAUUAAUCAUUAACCACAGAUGUGUUUGACUAUACUUGUCAGUUCGCAAAGUUGCCAUUUCCACUAGUUUCGUUUGAGCGGCACAGGUACGGAAUUCUGUAUUUUAGAUGAAGUGAUUUACAGUUUAGAAGAUCUUCCGGAGCUCAAAACAUUUCACAGAAGCGGUAUGGCUGCGAUGUAGCCAUGCUCCUGAAGGACAGUGUGCUGGCCUGAGGAGGAAAUAUUCAUCACCACCUGGUGUCGGGACUCAGCAGUUUUAGCAAUGGCUUACCUUCCCCAGUCAGUCCAUUGGCAGUUUGCGGGUCUAGUGCUUGGGUUUAUAGGAUGGAUAACGACAGCCUCUGUUUCUGGGGUGAACGACUGGAGGAUAUGGUACGUGGACAAUGAGACCGUCAUCACCGGAGGAUUCGCCUGGGUGGGAGUGUGGCGGGUCUGUUUCAACAGCCACAUUUUGGAUUCGGCUGAGAUCUGCAAAAGCAUCAGCCUUACAGAUUCAUUCACUCCACCAGAAAUAGCAGCCGCCCAGGUACUUUGCAUGGUUGCUGUUGGCGUGGGGGUGGUCGCAAUCCUAGUGGCGGGACAUGCGUUGAGAAAUGCCAUCUUUGGGGCUAACAACAGGCAGGUCAGAUGGAACUUUGUGAUGGCGGGUUCCUUGUUCUGGCUAACUGCAGCGUGUUCGCUGGUCCCCGUCUUUUGGAAUAUGAAUUCUGUGCUGGCGAAUCUCACUAUAGACUUCCCGCCUGACUUCUACUUGCCUUCUGCUCCAGUGAAACAGGAAGUGGGUCCAGGGAUUGGGAUUGGGAUCAGUUCAGGUUGCCUGCUCAUUGUAAGUGGACUACUCUUAACGUGCUACAGGUAUCCCAAAACCAAAAUGCCUAAGAGUGGAGAAACAGAACAUUUUGACAACAAUCCAAGGGAUGAAGGCUUUCUUGGUGUAAUUAAUGAGAGUAUGGAUGAGGGUAUGAUCAAUCCAGUUUAUGAAUCAGAGAAGCUUUAAUAAUAAAGUGCCUCACUCUAUGGAAGGACGUUGAAGGCUCUAAACACAGUUUCUUAAAAACUUUUAUUUCUGAGGACCCCAAACCAAACCAUUUAAAUGAAUGUAAUGUAAUUACAUAAUCACUAAAGUGACUGAAUGAUGAACAGAAAUAAAAGCAAGCACUUUGAACUUUGAGGCCAUUUUAUUGGUAUCAAAUUGUUAAUAUGUCUACAACACUGGACUUUACAAGUUGUCGUCUUAUUGUUACAUAAUGUGCAGGGCACACAAUGCUGUAAGAGUAUACUCACCUAAAUGUCUGUAAUGUAUGCAUUUCCCACAGUUUAAAAGUGGGGUCAGUAAGAUUUUUUAAUGUAUUUCAAAAAGUCACGCACGCUCAACAAAGCUGCAUUUAUUUGAUGAAAAAUAUGAUCAAAAAAAAUUGGGCUUAGGUGUUUAAUUUAUUCCUGUGAUGGUAAAGCUGAAUUUUCAGCAGCCAUUACUCCAGUUUUCAGUGUCACGUGAUCCUUAAAAGAGUUCCUAUUUUUGUGGAAACCGUAAUACUUUUUUAGGAUCCUUUAAUAAAACAGAACGUUUUUCUUAAAAAAAAAAAAAAAUCUUACUGACCCCAAACUUUUAAUAGUGUGUGUGUGUGUGUGUAUUUGUAUAAAGAAAAUGUAUGUAAAAAUGUACAUUUAUUACUCUAAUUUAUAUAAUUAUUAUUUGAAAGUAAAAGUGAUCUUUGGCUCUCGUUUGAUUAAAAAUUGAGUAGUGCUGUUGUUUUUAAGACUCAACUUAUACGUUCAUCUGCCACUAAAAGCUGUUAACGCAAAAUAUCUUGAAUUUGAGGUAAGAUAUGAUUUAGCUGACUAAGAGUGGAUCUUUGAGCGGGGACAAGGUGAUUUCAGAGGAAAUAACCCCUGCCAUGAGUGGAAUGAACUUUACUGUUGUUUCACAGCUUGAUACUUGCCCUUAUUACUGUGUUUUUCAACACCCCCCAUGGGCUUUGAGUUUGUUACUUGCCAACAUUUAAUCUUGUUAAAAUUGAACAUUAAUUUUGACAAAUCCCGCUGGAUAUUACAUGAUUUUCUUCUAUUAUAAAACCACAUAAUCCCUCUGAUAACUCGACAAAGGGAAACAAUUUCUUGCCAAUUAAAGAGGCUUUUGUUUUCUGUGUUGGUUCACUAGUCCAUUGAGGUCGCUUUAGGAGUUUUGAUGAUUUAUCCAUCUAAAACACCCAAAAAUGUAGACGCAGAAGAGGUGUUAAGGUUCAUAAGAAUUGUGGCUGGAGAAUUUGUCUGCCAGGAUGGACUCCCAUGGCCACUGGCGAUUCGACAUGUAUUGUUCUGAGAAAGAGGUGAAAGAAACAUCCUGACAGAGAAGAGCCAAGACCCCAUGCUGAGACGAACGCAUUGUCUUAGAGAGGGCAGCUAUAGCACAAACACAUUUCUGCUCUCAUGUGACCGAGAGUGGGGCGUGAUGUUGGUGGAAUUAAACAAGCUUUUAUGGAUCUCAGUAUGAAACCUCCUUUACAACAGUCUGUUAGUAUACUGGCAGACAACACAAAUGGCCUGUGCCUCAAAAGGAUGCAAGAGUGAUAUCAAAACAAUAGUGUUUCUUUACUGAAAACCUUUGUGCAGCAUAUGAGACGUGUGACAUUAACACUUCUCAUAUUAUCAUACAUACUGUGAUAAGAAAGUAAAGACAAAGGUGAAGGGCAAUGAACAAUAUCAGAGUUCAUUGAACAGUGUUAUUCGCAUAUCAGAGUUCAGCAUAAUCAUGACAGAUAAAACAAUAAACUUGAAGGAG